UCCCUCCGGGGUAGGAGGACUCCCAGAAGCCAGCCAGGCAGACGGGCGGGCUCGGUCCUCCCCAGCGCCUGUCUGCCGGCUCGCUCCCCGCCUCCUGCUCUCGCCGCCCGCAUCUUCGCGAGGAACUUGGGAGAAGUCGGCGUGGGCCAAUCAAGGCUGCGGCUGGCAGUUCAGGAUGCUCUUGCUGCAUUGCUCCAUGUCCUAUCUUCUGCUGCUGUUGCCAUUUAACUCCUGGACCCAGAAGUUGCCCACUAGAGAUGAAGAACUUUUUCAGAUGCAGAUCCAGGACAAAACCUUUUUCCAUGAUUCAUCAGUAAUCCCAGAUGGAGCUGAAAUUAGCAGCUAUCUUUUCAGAGAAACACCGAAAAGAUUCUUCUUUGUGGUGGAGGAAGAUAAUACACCUUUGGCAGUUACAGUAACUCCUUGUGAUGCUCCUUUGGAAUGGAAGUUAAGUUUGCAGGAGCUCCCAGAAGAGUCCAGCGGGGAAAGUUCAGGUGAACCAGAGCCACUUGAACAGCAGAAACAACAGAUUAUCAAUGAAGAAGGAACAGAACUGUUCUCAUACAGAGGAAAUGAUGUUGAAUAUUUUGUGUCUUCAAGUUCACCUUCUGGCUUGUAUCAGCUGGAACUCCUGUCAACAGAGAAAGAUACAUAUUUUAAAGUAUAUGCCACCACAACUCCAGAAUCUGAUCAGCCGUAUCCAGAAUUACCUUACGAUCCAAGAGUUGAUGUCACUUCUCUUGGACGUACAACUGUCACUUUAGCAUGGAAACCAAGCCCUACAGCUUCACUGCUGAAACAGCCAAUGCAGUAUUGUGUGGUCAUUAAUAAAGAACAUAACUUCAAAAGUCUGUGUGCUGUUGAAGCUAAACAGAAUAUCGAUGAUGCCUUCAUGAUGGCUCCCAAACCUGGUCUGGACUUCAGCCCCUUUGACUUUGCCCAUUUUGGAUUUUCUUCCAACAGUAAUUUUGGCAAAGAGCGUAAUUUUUUAAAAUCUUCAUCAAAAUUUGGGCGGCAUAUCUAUUCCAAGCCCAAAGCUGACCUGGAAAAGAUAUGCAUUGGAAACAAGAACAUCUUCACUGUGUCUGAAUUGAAACCAGAUACCCAAUACUACUUUGAUAUAUUUGCUGUAAAUGUCAACACAAAUAUGAGUACAGCCUAUGUUGGCACUUUUGCAAGAACAAAAGAAGAGGCCAAGCAGAAGACAAUUGAUCUCAAAGAUGGGAAAGUUACAGAUGUGUUCAUCAAGAGAAAGGGUUCUAAGUUUUUACGAUUUGCUCCAGUUUCAUCACACCAAAAAGUUACAUUCUUUGUUCAUUCAUGCCUUGAUGCUGUACAGAUCCAAGUCAGAAGAGAUGGAAAGCUUCUCUUGUCUCAAAAUGUUGAAGGUGUCCGUCAGUUCCAACUUAGGGGAAAGCCAAAAGCUAAAUAUCUCAUCCGACUGAAAGGAAAUAAGAAAGGAGCCUCCAUGUUGAAGAUUUUGGCCACUACAAGGCCUAAUAAGCAAUCAUUUCCAUCACUUCCUGAAGACACAAGGAUUAAAGCCUUUGAUAAACUUCGCACUUGUUCUUCAGUCACAGUAGCCUGGCUAGGUACACAAGAAAGGAACAAAUUUUGCAUUUAUAGGAAGGAAGUGGAUGACAAUUAUAAUGAGGAGCAAAAGAAGAGGGAGCAGAAUCAGUGUUUGGGACCAGACAUGAGGAAGAAAUCUGAAAAAGUCCUUUGUAAAUAUUUUCACAGCCAGAACCUACAAAAGGCUGUUACCACAGAGACAAUUAAAGGUCUACAGCCUGGAAAAUCCUACCUGCUAGAUGUUUACGUCAUAGGACAUGGAGGACACUCUGUCAAGUAUCAGAGCAAAUUGGUGAAAACACGAAAAUUCUGUUAGUGAUGUUCAAUGGAACGUCAUCCAAAUGUAAACAGAUUGACUACUUGUAAAUCUGAGGAAUUGUGAACUGUAUUGGUACUAUGUAGAGAAGAUAACAUUUAUAUUUAUGUUUACAGAAAUAAUUGUGUGGAGGGGCUGAGCCUGGCGAACUUUGCUGGUAUCUGACAAUUGCAUUAUCAUGCGUUUGGUGGUCCAUGUUUGAUACUCAAUAGAUAUCCAAACUAGCAGGAGAUCUUGAAGGAACUGCCCUUUUUGCUUCCAUAUUGCAUGAAGUGCUCUAAAUUAUUUUAUUACUCAGAAGGCUGAGAUGUCAUUCAAUCACCUUGUUAUUCUAAACAAACCAACAAAAUUUCCACACAACCUCUAUCUCUCUUUGUAGACUAUAGGAUUAUGUAAAUUAUUCUUGUUUGAAAUGUCUGUGUUUCCAUGAGUGUAAACUAUUAAAAAAUUUUCCUUGUUAAAACACAGAUCUAAAGUAAGUAUUAACUAGACUGGCCUCAAGUCAGUUAUAUUGCUAAUGUAAAUUCCUAUUUGGUUAAUUUUAAAUGUAUGUAUUUCAUGUACAAAACUGUCAGACGUUAUAUUCCUGUACAUAAAAUUAAAAUAUUAGAUUAUAUGUUACUUUUCAUUCUGAUGUUGUCAAAUGUGUCUAUGUAUUUGUGGAACUCCAAAUGUAUUUUGAGUAUCCUUAACCAGUAACCAUUUUAUAUCCAAAGAUCACUACAGUUACUAAUAUCUCAGAAACUCUUUAGACUUUAUAGAUAAGACAUUGAACACAAGGUCUUCUUUUAUCUUUUACUUUUGAACUUUUUACAGUUAAUAGGAUCAUCUGUUAGGAGAACAGUUAGGAGAAUGACUGUGCAAUUCUAAACACCCUUGAUUUCAAAGGAUAUAGAAAAGCAUACCUCUACACAGUGUGGCACGAUAACAAUGCGAUCCUAAACAGAGUUAUAUUUCUUUAAGGUCAAUGUGCUUAGAAAGGUGCAAAUCUAUUUAGGAUUGUACUGUAACAUUCCUAGUAAAGCUAAUUGUUUAGGUCUGUUAUGGGUUUUCUUUCAUCUGUUUUCUAUUAUUACAUAAUAAUGACUUGGCCCGAUAUUUUGGCAUAGUCCAGUGCUUAA